CAUUCGCUGAUAUCUAGCGCCAGCUCGAGGACACCCAUGGCGCCUCGUGAUAAUUCUCUCGAGCCUUCUGGCACGCCUGUGCCGGUGGAAACGGGCUUUGCGACACUGGCCCAGCUAAGGGCCGGUGUGAAGGCUUUCGUGGAGAAAGAUGGCGAGAUACGCAAAGCUGAAAUCCUCAUGAUUCAGACUAGGGCCGGCAAGCCCAAGUUUUACGUCCACUACGAGGACUUCAACAAGCGUCUCGACGAAUGGAUCGACGCAGCUCGCAUCGACCUCACUCGAGAAGUCGAAUGGCCUGCUCCAGAGAAGCCCGAGAAGAAGAAGGCGCCCGCCAACAAAGCCGACAAAGCGACCCCCAAAGCCGACACCAAGAACCUCAAACGAUCGCGGGCUCAACUGGACCGCGAAGUAUCAGGAACUCCCUCGGAAGCCACCAGCACCGCCAACAACAAUAUUCCUGGAAGCAUCCAGCGCAAGGACAGUGAGCUGCUCGUCACGACCGAAGUAACCGAUGGCGCGACCCCCAAGCCCGAUGAUGAAGAGAUGGAUAUUGUUGACGUGCAAGAUGCCGCCGCCGCCGCCAAAGCCGUCAACGGUAACGCGGCCAACGACCAAUACUCGCGAGAGGACGAGAUUGAGAAACUCCGGACCUCGGGUUCCAUGACGCAGAAUCAAACCGAGAUCGCCCGUGUUCGUAACAUAGAAAAAGUCCAGAUGGGAAAAUAUGAAAUCGAACCCUGGUACUUCUCCCCUUAUCCCAUUGACUUCAUCGAUGUCGAUAUGGUCUACAUCUGCGAAUUCUGCCUCAACUACUAUGGCGACGUGACGCAGUUCGAGCGCCAUCGCUCCAAAUGCACACUUCUGCACCCGCCGGGCAAUGAAAUCUAUCGCGACGACUACGUAUCCUUCUUCGAAAUUGACGGCCGACGACAACGCACCUGGUGCCGCAACCUCUGUCUCCUCUCCAAACUCUUCCUCGAUCAUAAAACCCUCUACUACGAUGUCGACCCUUUCCUCUUCUACUGCAUGGCCACGCGCGACGAGCACGGCUGUCACCUCGUCGGGUAUUUUUCUAAGGAAAAAGAAUCCGCCGAGGGCUACAACGUAGCCUGCAUUCUCACCCUCCCACAAUACCAACGCAAAGGUUUCGGCAAACUUCUCAUCGACUUUUCCUACCUUCUCUCCAAACGUGAGGGCAAGCUCGGCUCUCCCGAGAAACCCCUCUCCGAUCUCGGUUUACUGGGCUAUCGCGCGUACUGGCAGGAAAUCAUCGUUGAGCUGCUCAUGGACGGCCGCGUCGAGGCCAAUAUCGAGGAUGUAGGCGCUGCGACCGCUAUGACGACCAACGACGUUCUACAUACCCUGCAAAAUCUGAACAUGCUGCGAUAUACAAGUAAGAAUCAACAUAUCAUCGUCUUGACUGAUGCUGUGGUCGAGCAGCGUGAGCGACAAAAGGCCAAGGAGAAGAUCAAAGGAAAAAGGAGUAUCGAGCCCGACAGGCUAAUAUGGAAACCACCUGUUUUUUCGGCCGCGAGUCGGACGUGGAACUGGUAGUUUGCUUUGCUUUGCUUUCCUUCAAUCUGCUUUUCGGUAACUUUCCUUCCUCUGGGCGCAUUCCUUGGUUUGGUUUGGUUGUGCAGGGCGUCUUUUUGUUCUCAAGACAUAGUUUGGUUUCGAAAGAGGCGUAGGGAAUCGUCCCCUCAAUGUUAUUUUCUGCUUAGUCUCUUAACGUCCUUUCUUACCUGUCUGCCAGUCAACCCUAUUUGUACAGUAAGGUGGUACGUUGACCUUGCGCCAAUCUGCACAUGUAGUAUAUACCCAAUUUUUCCUUCCAUAAAUCAUUCCAGUCCACUCCAUUCUGCCUUC